CGUCACAGCCUUUGCUGGGAAGUAUAGGCUGUGCUGUCACGCCAGUGUCAGUCUGAUGAAGAUUGGCACUCAGGUGUCCUGCAAGUACAGAAACCGGAGUCUUUUGCAAUGUGAUCCCGUGAACAAAUCUGAAGAUAAUGUUUUGAUGCUCUGAUUAGUCUAAGAACAAACAUAAAGCUCCACAUAAAGGUAUAUGGGAUAAUACGCAGCGGUUUCCCCUUCCAUUCGGCUCUGAGGUUUGUACAGAAAGUCCCUAGAUCUUCGGCUUCCAGUGUCGCGCUUCACGGGCUCUAGAUGUGAAUCAAUCCCAUGAUGCAACAUGUGUCCCCAGCACCAGCUCUAUCAAUGAUGGCCACCCAGAGUGUGCCUCCACCCCCUUACCAAGAGAGCCCACAGAUGACGGCCACCGCUCAGCAGACUGCCAAGGCCCAGCCAGUCCAUCUCCCAGCAUCCUCUGCGGCAGCUAACCCUGUCCCCGGCGCUCCAAUUGACCCUCAGGCACAGCUGGAAGCUGACAAGCGUGCUGUCUACAGACAUCCUUUGUUCCCCCUCCUGACGCUGCUGUUUGAGAAGUGUGAGCAGGCCACGCAGGGCUCCGAGUGCAUUACAUCUGCCAGCUUUGAUGUGGAUAUCGAGAACUUUGUCCACCAACAGGAACAGGAGCGCAAACCGUUCUUCAGCGAGGACCCCGAACUCGACAACCUGAUGGUGAAGGCAAUCCAAGUACUUAGAAUCCACCUGCUUGAACUGGAAAAGGUGAAUGAAUUGUGCAAGGAUUUCUGCAACCGCUACAUCACCUGCCUGAAAACCAAAAUGCACAGCGAUAAUCUCCUCAGGAACGACUUAGGAGGACCCUAUUCCCCAAACCAAGCGUCCAACAGCCUUCACACACAGGACUUGUUACAGAAUUCUCCCAACGCGAUGUCCGUUCUGUCCAACAACCCACAAGGAAUAGUUGUGCCGUCCUCCGCACUACAGCAAAGCAGCCUUUCCAUGACAACCGUCAACUCUUCGCAGGUUGUAUCAGGUGGUGCACUUUACCAACCCGUUACCAUGGUAACAUCGCAGGGACAGGUAGUAACUCAAGCAAUCCCCCAGGGGGCCAUCCAGAUCCAGAAUGCACAGGUCAAUCUGGAACUGACCUCUCUGCUUGAUGGGGAAGAUAAAAAAUCUAAAAACAAGCGUGGAGUUCUCCCGAAACAUGCAACCAACAUCAUGCGUUCAUGGCUCUUCCAACACCUGAUGCACCCAUACCCAACGGAGGAUGAGAAGCGGCAGAUCGCUGCACAGACAAACCUCACCUUAUUGCAAGUCAACAACUGGUUCAUCAAUGCUCGGCGGCGUAUCCUCCAGCCGAUGUUAGAUGCCAGCAAUCCAGAUCCAGCACCAAAAGCCAAGAAGAUAAAAUCCCAGCACCGGCCAACGCAGAGGUUCUGGCCCAACUCCAUCGCAGCUGGAGUCCUACAGCAACAAGGAGGGUUACCUGGGACCAAUUCUGAUGGUUCUGUGAACCUAGACAACCUGCAGUCUUUGUCCGCAGACACCUUGUCCAUGCAACAAGCCAUGAUGGCCGCACACGACGACUCCUUGGACGGCACAGAAGAGGAGGAUGACGAGGAAGAGAUGGAAGAGGAUGACCUUGAGGAGGACAGCGAAGACCUUCAAACAACUAAUGUCAGUGACCUGGGCUUAGAACAGAGCGACUCCCUGGAGUAGCGGACUGUCCAAGCGACGCCCACACACGCGCAAUAGAACUUAUAACAAGUUUAGCCUUGGGACAUCAUUUCUAAAACUUUCAUCCUCUUGACUUUUACUGGAGCCCACAGCCUGCACGGGAAGGGCGAGAGAGGCCUGUCCUUCCUCCGCACAAAAUGGUAGAAAACAAACUGCCGAUAAAAAGGACAAGAGCCCUCCCUCUCCUGCCAGAACCGCAAGGAACCCCCCCUCCCCUCCCCCCCAUCCCCAAGAUGGAACUCCGCUUGUGUAAAAUGCAACUUCCUGUGCCGCUCUUCAGACAGAAGAACGCAAACGCCCCAUUACCCGCCACGGGCGCCCGUGUCACCCGUCCCUGGAUGUUAUUUAAGUGAAGGACACAUGUUUACAGAGCCAUAUGUUGUGGCUGUUUUUGUUUUAUUUUAUUUUUUGUUUUUUUUUAAAGAACCUGUUUUUAGGUCGAGCUUUUUUCUGUAUUAUUAUGACUGAAUGCUAUUGAAGUGUUAGGGUUUUGAGAGCACUCCGUAGGGUGGAUGUAUGUAUAGAUAUACAGUAUAUUAUACAAAUGUAUAUCUAUAGGUACAUUUUCUAUACUUCUCAUCUAUUAUCAACAAGUUUUUCACAGAAACAUUUGUGUGUGAAACUCUGAAAACGCACCGACGCCCCCCUCCCCCCCUCAAUCUUUCAAAUGAUGUAAUAUUUACCAGACUCAUCUAUUUUGGCAAGUAAACUGUUUUAUGAAAUUUCCAUAUAAACAGAGUAUGACGGUUAUAAAACUA